AUGGAUGUUUCAGUUGAACUUCCGGAAGAGGUAUCAAUUGAAAUACCAGGAGGUAAAUGUAAACUGCAAAACGUUGAGUAUGAGUGGAGACCCUUGUACUGUCAAAGCUGCUUGAACAUUGGGCAUCAGAAUGGUGAAUGUAAGAAGACCACACUUGAAAAGGGAAAACAACAAACAAGGAAACCGAAGAUGGGCUGGAGAGUAAAAGAGAAUCAACAGCCUACAAAGCCAGCCACAAAUGCUGAAAAACAAGCGCAAUCAGAAUUGCCAAAAGAAGUAGAAGCAACAACUGGUGACCAAAAUGAAAAAGAUCAACACAUGAGUUUGGAAUUCCAGGUGCAACAGGCCAAGAACAGGGGCAAGAAAAAAUUAGAAAUCACUCAUGAACAGGAAGGAACAGUGUCCUUCGAGGGAGAUUCCUCCAUGAUCUUCUGCUCAUGGAACAUAAGGGGGCUGAAUAAGCCCUUUAAGCAGAAGGAACUCAAGACCUUCUUACUUACAAAUAAGGUAGUUCUGAUAGGUGUUCUUGAGGCAAAAGUAAAAGUUAAUAAAGCUGAAAAAGUGAAGAAGAAAAUGGGGAAUGAUUGGGAAAUAGCUGCUGAUUACACUCAAAGUCCAAAUGGUAGAAUAUGGAUUGCUUGGAAGCCUCAACAAGUGGAAGUGCAAAUAGUAACAUCUAUGCCUCAAUUUGUGCACUGCAUAGUAAACGACAAGGGAUCAACUUUUACUAGUCAGAUAACAUUUGUUUAUGGCUUGAAUACCAUAAAUGAAAGGAGGGCCUUGUGGCAAGGACUAAGGAAUUUGAAUAACAAUAUUGCUGAUCCGCAAAAUGGUAUCCCAAUACAUCCAAAUGAAGUAAAGGAUUUCCAGGAGUGUAUUGAAGACAUAGGGCUUGGUCAACUAAAAAGAACAGGGAAUCUAUUUUCAUGGAGUAAUAAGAGAGAUGCACAUGUUAGAAUACACAGUUUGAUAGAUUGGGCCUUUGGAAAUUCAAAAUGGUUUGAUGAUUAUGGACAAUUGGAAGCAGUUUAUCUUAGCCCAGAAUGCUCUGACCACUCUCCUAUUAUUGUCAACACUGGGAGCAGAAGACAAAACCUUCCUAGGCCAUUUAGACUACUUAACAUUCUUCUUCAAAAUGAGGAAUUCAAGGCAAUGACCAAAACUACAUGA